CGUGGAUGACGAUGUAUCUCAGGCCUGUCCUUAUGUGUAUGUGAACCACACGGGCCACAUCCGCUAUGACAGGAUGUUGAGGCUGGUUAGCGCCUGUAACCUACAGAUAUUCAGUUUCCCUUUCGACAUACAGAACUGCUCUUUCACCUUCGGCUCCUACAUGCACACCAGUAACGUCUCCUCUUUCACUGCUCUCCUCAUUUCCUGCCAUCUCAGCACAUAUUUUUUGAGUCUUACUGUUUCCAUCCUGCAGGUGGUGAUAAAGCGACGGCCGAUACUGUAUGUGGUGAACCUGAUCAUCCCCAGCUCCUUCCUCAUGAUCAUUGACAUCAUGUCCUUCUACUUGCCGCCGCACAGCGUGGAUCGAUCCUCUUUCAAAAUGACCCUUAUCCUGGGAUAUACAGUCUUUCUUCUCAUUAUGAACGACCUGCUUCCCAGCACUGCUAAUGGAACGCCUUUAAUAGGUAUCUAUUUCUCUGUGUGUCUGGCACUCAUGACCAUAAGUCUGCUGGAGACAGUCCUCAUCACCUGCGUCCUCCACCACAAUUCAAUGAAAUACAGGGAGGUGCCACAUUGGGUUCAGGUGCUGGUGAUGCGCUUCAUUGCUCGACUUAUUUGCUACAGUUUCCCUGAAGACCCUUUAGCCAAGCUAGAAGGGAAACAAGAAACCAAUCCAUGGGUCGUCCAGCCCUCACAAUCAAUGUCCAGUCAACAGACAUCCACUAAUGCGUCUGGAUCCAUGACACUGGAUGUGCCUGAACUAAGACAGAUCAGUCAGGAUCUUAGAGAGAUGAACACUUAUUUGUCCAUUCUACGAAAAGAAGACCAUCUACAGAACCAGUGGUGUCAUGUGGGCUACAUCCUGGACUUCCUUCUCUUCCGCAUUUACCUGUUGAUAAUCACGGGAUACGCGCUUGUAAUCAUAUGCAUGUGGUGCAUUUGGAUGAACCAGUAGAAAGAGUACAGGCUAGUAGAAAAGAAUGUUUACAUAUACUUUUGGUUGUUUUCUCAUAUUCACUACAGCAGAAAUGUAGUGAGUAGAAAUUGACCGAUAUUGAUUUUUACAUUUUUCCAUAAUUAAAUAUCGGUUUUGGAAUGUCAGAGCCACCAUUAAAUGGUUAAUUUACAAAUAUUGGUUAUCGACAUAUAAACAUGCAAAUAAUCUAUAUCGGUUAUAAUAGGGUGAACAUAUGUCCUCUUUUCCUGUCCUGGUCAGGACCAAAGACAUUGCUUUGACUGUUCUCUGCAGAUUCCGCCUUCUUACAUGCCACAUUGGUAAAUUAUGUACUUUUCAGUCAUUACUUUGUACAAGUAUGAAAACAAUAGGAAAAC